UACGCAAAAGUAUGGCGGUCUGAGAGUUGUGACAACUGUUUUGAUGGUGUAAAUAUUAACAUUUUCUAUUUCUUAGACCUCCUACCCUCUGAAUUUGCAUAUAUUUUUACUUGGAACCACAUUGCGGCACAGAGCAUCAUGCCAUCCCCCUGUGACUCUCUGAUUGACGACAUUGAGGACAUGGUGUCCUCUAGCGACCCCACACCUCAUGAGAGACAGUCUGCUCGAAAGAGCAUCAUGCCGAGGUUCAGGAAGAAAAAAGAGCCUCUGAGCCAAGAGGAGCUGCACACUGAUAGUUUAAUCCCUGGCACCCAAAAAAUCUGGAUGAAAACGUGGGGCUGCAGUCAUAACAACUCGGAUGGAGAGUACAUGGCCGGACAGUUAGCUGCCAGCGGAUACAAGAUGACAGAUGACCCAACUGACGCAGACCUGUGGGUGCUCAACAGCUGUACCGUGAAAAACCCAGCAGAGGACCACUUCAGGAACUCAAUCAAAAAAGCCCAGGAACAGCAGAAGAAGGUGGUAGUAGCAGGUUGUGUUCCCCAGGCUCAGCCACGGAUGGACUACCUAAAAGGACUCAGCAUCAUCGGGGUCCAACAGAUUGAUCGUGUGGUGGAAGUAGUGGACGAGGCAAUUAAAGGUCACUCAGUUCGUCUGCUGGGUCAGAAGAAAGAUGGAGGCCGGAGGCUCGGUGGAGCAAGACUGGACCUGCCCAAGAUCAGGAAGAACCCUCUCAUCGAGAUCAUCUCCAUUAACACAGGAUGUUUGAAUGCGUGUACCUACUGUAAGACUAAACAUGCCAGAGGAGACCUGGCCAGCUAUUCCAUCGAGGAGCUAGUGGAGAGAGCCAGACAGUCUUUCCAGGAGGGAGUGUGUGAGAUCUGGUUGACCAGUGAAGACACAGGUGCCUACGGGAGAGACAUAGGCACAGACCUGCCCACACUGCUGUGGAGACUGGUGGAGGAGAUCCCUGAAGGAGCCAUGCUGAGGCUGGGUAUGACCAACCCACCGUAUAUCCUGGAACACCUAGAGGAGAUGGCUAAGAUAUUAAAUCAUCCGCGGGUCUAUGGCUUCCUUCAUGUUCCUGUGCAGUCGGCCUCAGACAGUGUCCUGAUGGACAUGAAGAGAGAGUAUUGCAUCGAUGACUUCAAGAAAGUGGUGGACUUCCUCAAAGAGAAGGUCCCGGGUGUUACCAUUGCUACAGAUUUAAUCUGCGGUUUUCCUGGUGAGACAGAAGGAGACUUCCAAGAGACGGUAGAGUUGGUGAAGCUCUACCGAUUCCCCAGUCUGUUCAUCAACCAGUUUUACCCCAGGCCCGGUACACCUGCCGCCAAGAUGGAGCAAGUUCCAGCACAUGUGAAAAAGCAGAGGACUAAAGAGCUGUCUCAACUCUUCCACUCUUACAACCCCUACGACCACGAGGUAGGGGAGAGGCAACAUGUGCUGGUGACAGAGGAGUCAUUUGAUGCCCAAUACUAUGUGUCUCACAACAAGUUCUACCAACAGGUGCUGGUGCCUAUGAGGGCUGAGUUCAAAGGGAAGAUGAUCGAGGUGGACAUUUACGAGGCAGGAAAACACUUCCUGAAAGGCCGACCAGUAGAAGACAGUAAGCCCUUCACUGCCUCCAUUGCUGCCCCGCUUCAGAAAGGAGAGGUGUCUGGCCUGAAGCAGGAACCGAUGGCUAAUGGCUUCCAAGGUCCCUCUUCCUCAAUGUCUUCUCCAUCUCAUUUGUUGAUCGGCUCCUACAGUGUGGACAGGGAAGUAUUGAAAAAGCUGAUAAUCGGGGUCACUCUGGCAGCAGCCAUCUUGUCCUACAUCGUAGAGAAACUGUACACAUAGAGUAAAUGCAAACUAGAAGAAGGUGGUGAAGCAGGGAGAGGACGGUGGCAUCACAGCAGCCCACACUGUGUUGGCAGCAGCUGAAUUGAAUUGAUCAAGCUGUCACCUUGAAUCCCCCGUAACAUACUCCACAUUGUCUUUUUCAACUGAUUAAGUCAGUGUCACCUUCACAAAUGUAUUAGUGUAUUUAAAUGCUCUGUGAGAAAUCUCUUGUUUCUGAUACAGUUAGAUUUGUAAUUAAAGAGAGACCUUUUAAAUAAAGGAUUUAGUUUUACUUUUCAUUCAUUUUACUCAGCUGGCUCCAAACAAAGUGAUGUCAGGGUCGCCUUAUGUCAUUGAAGGAAGAAUGACUGCAUGGGCAAAGACAGGUCAGCAGUCUUUACAGACCUUGGUAAACACCUUUUUAUAAGAGUCUUUUUGGUACAAAUAACACCCAAGUUACAUUUGAUUUGAAUUAUAACCCAUUAGAAGUUCCUAUACUUUCAUAUUUCUGUUUGAUGUUAGUAGAACAUUUCCUAAGUGUUGGCUCUUUCAGGAAGACGCUAUGCUUGCUUGUUCACUGAUGUCCAUAGUUUGGUAAAUAAGUGUUUUGGAUCAUGUCUUUGGGUCUAUGUUGUUGUUGCAGGGAUACAUUAAGCACAAUUAUAUUCGUCAAUACUCGUGGAAAAAACUCUGUGCCAGAACAGAAGUGAAGAUGAUGAUGAAGCUGUCAGUCCCUGAGUUACAGAGUGAUUCUGUGUAAGAGUGUGUGUAAUACUUUGGUUAGGCUUAUUUUUAACUUUCAUUUCAAAGUAUUUAUUUAACAAGAGACAUGGAAAGUAUAUUUUCAGUUCUUCAUAACACACUUCUUUCUCCUUGUCUUUGAAGGGGUUUGAUAGCAGUAUUUUUUUUGUAAUGUGAUCUUGGUUGGUUUUGUUUGUCAUUUUCUGUUUUUAACUCAUAAUGACCCAUUAUUUUGUCUUACAGAUUUGUUUGAUUUGCAUUGUUUGGUGUCAACUGAAAGCAUUGUUUCGAAAAUGUCUCACUUACCUGUAGUGGUCUUUAGCUGAUCUCCACUUUUUUCCAAUUUCUGCUGCCAACCUGAUCCAAUGAAGGUGAACAAGGACACAUGUUCAGGAAAUAGUAUGCAUUGCUAGAUACCACUUUAGAGGAAUGAGAUUUGUUUUUGCUUCAUAAGAAAUUCAGAUGAACUGUCCCUGUAAUACAAAUACUUUUUUUGGGUUAGUUGUGUUGUACAACGUCUGAGUCUAAAUGUUUUUAUUUGUACUAGCAUUGUCUUAACCAUCGAAAGCUGUUUAAUAAAGGACAACACAUUUUGUGACAUGUGAAAUGAUG